GAAAAUACCAUUAACUUAAUGAAACAUCUAAGAUAUCAAGUGUACUAGUACCCUCCCUUCCUCUCUCCUCCAUUGAAGCUACUCUGAAUUCUCCAUUGAAGCAGCUUAUGAGGUAAAAUUUCUUUGUAUUAAAUGAUUGAAUAUUAAUUUGACAAUAUAGUGUUAAUCAUUAAUUUAUUCGUCAGUACAGUGAAUUUAGGGUUCCUCUAAGGUGGAAUAUUGAAUUAUUGGUCUUGAUUCCUGAAAUUAUGAAUAAUAAUAUUGAGCGAUUUCGUUGAAUUGAAUCAUAGGGAUAAGUCGAUAAUGUGUUGCUAAUCGCUCAAUUCUUCUCCAGCUUUAUAGAAUCAUAGGGAUAAGUCGAUAAGUUGAGGUUAUCACCGUGAAAAGGGUCAAUACAAAAUAUCACUCCCAAUUUUUCGCAUAAUCCUUAGUUCCUUACAACUAUUGGCAGUCCUUUUUGUUAUGUUGGCAGUCUAAGAGCAAGUCUCUCAAGUACUUUUUUUUUGCAGUUAUUGUAAUGGUACAAAAAUGCUCUUUUCUUAUAAAUGCUAAUGUAUUUGACUGCUGUAGCUCUAUUUUUAAGUUGAUGGGGUCUCCCAAGGCUACUCAGGUUGACGAUAUUGACUAUGCUGGCAUCAAUCCUGCUGCGCAAUGGUAGCAAUUAUGAGAAUGAGAGAAGGGCUUAUGUCUUGACAGAGUCGCAACUUCUAAAAGAAAAAAUUGAGGAGACUGGUAUUGGUAGUAAGGUGCAAAAAUUGGUUUCCUUGCUGAUGAAAUCUAAGGCUCGGGAGAGGCAAGAAAAUGAGUUUCAGUCUGACUGCAAUUCUGAGAUCACUCAAUUGCAGGAAGAUUUGAGGAAUGGCAAUGGUGAUAAUGAUCCACAUGAUUUUCUUGAAUGUUCUAUUUCUGACUUAUCUAAGAAGUUAGAAUAUGCAAAAAAGGAACUUUCUAUUAAGUUGAGGGAAUUGGUCUCUUUGAAGAGGCAGCUUGAUGAACUUCCAAUCGAAGCUGAACUUGUUCAGUACGAACGCCGCUUUUCAGAAUUGAAUGUUCACAUGCAGGAUAGACUUUGUCAAACUCGUAAGUAUUAUGAAACCUAUAAUGCUCUUCUUGAGAUAAAGGACUUGAUGCUGAAGGAGACAUCUUUACUGAAUUCAGUAGAUUCACAAUUUGCAGAUGCGAUAGGGGACCCUGCUGGCCGUACAAAACUCAUUGAUUCAAUGGAAGCUAUUAUGAAGGGAAUUCAGCAGAAGCUUGAGAAGGUGCAAUUUGGACUACAAGUGGAGCAAAAAACUCUUGAUACCCUUAGGGAGCAAUACAGUGCAGCCAUUGUGGAUCAACGCCAUUGUUCUGUCCUCUUAAAGGAUUUUCAGGAAGAAUGUAGAAAGAAUGAGAGGCUCAAGAUGGAAUUUGCUCUACAUGAAAAGCAAGGGGGCCAAACUUCCUCUUCGUGUUGAAAUUUUAUAAUUUGCAUUCCAGAAGCAAGCUCAGGUAGUUGGCAGACCAAAAGACAAGCGACAUCCUUAUGCUAAGUAUCUUGUGUGCCUGAUUUCGAUAGAACAUGAAUGGCUGUUGGAAAUACGACUGCAAGAUCAUAUGUUUGUAGUAAUAAGUUUGACAGAAGAUCAAAGAGCUAUGUGAGUCUGAUUCGUUAUUUGUCCCAUCAUUUAAAUUUUGAAAGCCAUUGAAUAGGUUGAAACGCUGAGUCAGUCUACUGGAGAUGAAAGGAUAUCAUUUGGUGAAGAUGCAUUGAUGAGACGCAAGCUUGAUAGUGGCUUCAUCUUUGGCUUACUUGGAAUGAUUGGAAUAUUCAACCCAAUUUAGCUGGUCUGUUUUUUUUUUUUUUUUUUUUUUUUUUUUUUACUUUUUUUUUUUGAAUAGCCGGCCUGAUUAUUUAAGAGAUACAAAAAUAUUAGGUCCGUCUUCUUUCAAGACUACAACCUAACCUUAUUUAGUUGAUUUGUUUGUGUACAGUACAAGGCCUCCUUUUUAUAUACGAAGUAUAUAAUAAUCUCAUCUUUUGUUUCUAAUA